AUGGCAGUGGCACAAUCCUACUCAACAGUGUCCAGAUCUUUGCAUCUCAAAUUACACGCAGUCAAUGAUGCCCUCAUCCCAACUGGUGCAAUGGCAUCUGUUUCAGGGACCCCAUAUGAUUUCCUCCAGCCCAUGACGGUAGAAAGCCGCAUCAAGGAAGGAAUGACUACGACAGCGGAUGGUGACGGAAUGAAGAAGGCGGCCAUGGUGAAGGAUGGUGGCUCAGGGAGGGUGCUUGAGCUGGAAAGGGUGGCCACAUCUAUGGGCCACAUCUAUGGUCUGUGCCUUGAGACACAAGGGUUCCCAGAUGCAGUGAACCAUCCAAAGUUGCCAUCUCACAUUGUGAAUGCUGGAAAGACCUACAAACACUCCAUGCUGUACAAGUUCUCCUUCUGA